GGUGUUAUAGUGCCCCAGAGAGGGAACCGAGACGCAGCGAUGGAGAGUUUCUCUGCGUUUGUCUGCGUUGUUUUGGUCUGUGUUGUCAGUGCUGGGAUUCCUCACGAUGGAAUACACUGGACAUACACAGAGGGAGCUUUGGAUCAGAUGCACUGGCCAACCAAGUAUCCUGCGUGUGGCGGAAAGAAACAGUCUCCGAUUGAUAUCCAGCGGCGCAACGUGAGACACAACCCAGACAUGUUACAGCUGGAGCUGAGCGGAUAUGAUGCUCAGAGUGGAACUUUCCUCAUGAGCAACAACGGCCACUCGGUCCAAAUCGACCUGUCUCCCACCAUGAAGAUCACCAAAGGCCUCCCGGGAAAAUACACAGCAGUCCAGAUGCACCUGCACUGGGGCGGCUGGGACCUGGAGGCCAGCGGAGCAGAGCACACCAUCGAUGGCAUCCGUUACAUGGCAGAGCUCCAUGUUGUCCAUUACAAUUCUGACAAGUACAAGAGCUUCACCGAAGCCAGAGACAAGCCAGACGGGCUGGCAGUGCUCGCCUUUUUCUAUGAUGACGGGCACUUUGAGAACACUUACUACAGUGAUUUUAUCUCCAACCUGGAUAAAAUCAAGUAUGCAGGUCAGUCCAUGAAUAUAUCCAGCAUCGAUGUGCGCUCCAUGCUCCCCGAGAACAUGAACCACUUCUUCAGAUACCAGGGCUCCCUCACCACUCCACCCUGCUACGAGAGCAUCCUGUGGACAGUGUUUGAUACACCCAUCACUCUGUCACACAACCAGAUCAGGAAACUGGAGAGUACACUGAUGGACAUGGACAACAAGACCCUGUGGAAUGACUACCGCAUGGCUCAGCCUCUCAAUGACCGCGUGGUGGAGUCGUCUUUCCUUCCUCGCCUUGGGAAAGGAACGUUUUGUCGACAAGACGAAAUUGAAUCCAGGCUCUUAAAGAUCGAGGGUCUGAUAACGUCCCUCGGAAAGCUGAUGCAUUCAGGUGGGCAACGCAAUGUAAAGCCUUACAAAUAUGAACCUAGUGUUCUGUUUCCUCUGGUGCUGAACUUCCAGGAGAAAUAUUUAGGCAGUUAUGCUUUGGCUCGCCUCAGCCAUCCUAUGGACCUGGACUCCUUCACGGUCUGCAUGCAUGUUCUGGCUCAGGUGGAUGGCACCCACACCGUCAUGUCCUACGCCAGUAACGGCAACGAUAACGAGCUUAUGAUCUCCAUCGUCGAGGACAGAAAUGUCAGAGAAGUGGGUGUCUGGAUUGGCAACGAGUUUGUCAACCUGCCGCACAACUUCAGGUCCCACGACUGGGCCAACUACUGUAUCACCUGGUCAUCCCACACCGGUGGCGCAGAGCUGUGGAUCAAUGGCAUGGUGGGUGAGCAGCGUUACCUGAAAAGUGGUUACACCAUCAGCCCCGGUGGCGUCUUCAUCCUGGGCAAAGACCGGGACGGCUUACUGGGCAUCUCCAACUCAGACGCCUUUGUGGGUAAGAUGACCGAUGUCAACGUGUGGGACUACGUACUGACCACAGCAGACAUCCGGGACCAGAUGUCAUGUGAGAGGAACAGCACUAUGGUGGGAAAUGUGUUCAGCUGGGGAACCACUGAGCUUAGUCUGUAUGGGGGGGUGAAGCUGGACACUCAGUACAGAUGUAACUGAACACGCUCAGCGGUUUCUGUUAAUAUGAGCUUUAAAAUGCUGCAAAAAACCCAAAUAUCAGCUGCUGAUGGUGGAGAUGUUUCAUGGCUUUGGCAUAUGGGAUAGAGCAAAUGUCCUGUCAGGCACCUGUAAAUCAACAUUUAAUCCAGAUUAUAUUCCAACGUUAAACCUUGUAUUGUAUUUACAUGUUUGCAGCGUCAAUAAAGUCUUACAAUUGACACUUUG